GAGGGCGAAGUCGUACUGCUGACUGUACAGAGGUGUGACAGAAGUAGGGUGUUUCCCUCGGACAACCAGCAUCUGCAGCGAUGCUGCCUUCUCACAAGGAAGGAAGGGGUUAGAAAAGGUCGACCCUAACGUCCGGACACUGUGCCAAAUAGGACAACAGGCUUCCUUAGCUAGGACUUUAGAAUCUCGCUCCAUCGAUGUGUGCUGCGUCUCCGAAACGCGCACACAGAAUCCUAGUAGUGUCAUUCACUUGACCGCACCAUGUCAAAGUAACGAGCCAACUCGAUUUACGCUUCGUGUGUCUGGGAACCCUGAAGCUGCUUCCCGUGGCCUCGCUGGCGUAGGUAUAGCAUUGAGUCUUAGGGCAGAACUAGCUCUCUUAGGCUGGAUCCCAGUAGACAGUCGUUUGUGCGCUGUCCGACUAAACGGAACAGUAAGGACUCGGAAAGAUAGGGACACUCGUCGUUGCCUCUUCGUCGUCUCUGCCUACUCUCCCACUGACUGCAGCUCAGAUGAUGUAAAAGAUGAGUUUUACAGAAAGCUUUCCGACCUUCUCCGAAAAGCUAGGCUUUCAGAUGUAGUAAUAGUGGCUGGUGACUUUAAUGCUCAAGUAGGUAAACUAAGCGAAAGGGAAAAACACCUGGGUGGAUCUUAUGGUGUCGCGGCUCAAAGAACAGAUAACGGCGACCGUCUGUUGCAGCUAUGCUCAGAUAACUGCGUGUUUCUUGCAAACACUAACUUUAAGCAUAAGGAAAAACAUCUUUUGACAUGGCGACCCCCUAAUUCGUCUCAACGCUGGACCUAAAUAGAUCACAUCGCUAUCAGCCUUCGAUGGAGGGGCUCGAUAAAAGACUGUCGCUCAUUCUGGAGCACAUGCUUAGACUCAGAUCAUGCUCUAGUGCGAGCGCGUAUUUGUCUACGUCUUGCUGGACGUAGGAAACAUGCUGCAAGGAAACCCCUUAGGGUCCUACUUAAUGAUAGUCAAGCUAAGAGUAUAUUUCAGGAACAACUAGAAAAACAGUUAGGCAGCUAUGUAACUGAUGCCCACCCCAAGGCAGCGUGGAAUGACAUCCGAAAAGCUGUAGAAACAGCAGUGAUGUCUGCUAGUACGGUAAACCAUAAGGUUAGGGAGAAACACUGGAUCUCAGCAGCGUCUACCGCACUGAUAGAUGCUCGAAAACUCAUUCCAUCUGGCUCUGAACAUAACGAAGAGCGGAGUCAGCUUAAGCGUAAGCUGACUAGAAGCCUACGCAAUGAUCGUGAACAGUGGUGGGUAGCGAAAGCAAGAGAUGGAAAAAGCAGCGGCAAUAGGUAACAGCAGGCAACUGUUCAGACUUGUUAAGGAAACCGGUAUUAGGAACCCAACUGUUAGCGCAAUAAUCUCAGAGAAAGAUGGACAUAUUAUUCAUUCUCAAUCCAAGAGAUUGGAUCGAUGGGCAGAACACUUUAGGGAUCAGUUCAACUGGCUUUCAGCCACACUUCGGUUUCCCACGAUCUCCAAUAUACCUGAAUAGCAAAUUAAUGUAAGUCCUCCGACUCUUUACGAAGUUGAAAAAGCUAUAGGAAAUCUGAAGCGUGGGAGAGCAACAGGCCCUGACAGGUUUACCCUUGAUAUUUAUAAGGAUGGCGGUCCAGUAUUAGCAGCGAGAUUGACUGAGGUCUUAGGUAGAAUCUGGGAACUGGACGUAAUCCCAUCUGACUGGUCUCAAUCACUGAUUGUGCUAGUCUAUAAGAAAGGACAAAAGUCCUCCUGUGACAAUCACAGAGGAAUUAGUUUGACUAAUAUAGUGUCUAAAAUAUUAGCUUCAAUAAUAGUUCGACGCCUAACCAAAGCUCGUGAAGAGCAGACUAGAGAAAACCAGGCUGGUUUUCGACCUGGACGUGGUUGUAUUGAUCAGAUAUUCACAUUACGUCAGGUUCUAGAACAUAGACACACAUUCAGACGCCCCUUAAUGGUAGUAUUUCUCGACCUUAAGGCGGCAUUUGACUCUGUUGAUCGUGAGGUUCUAUGGCAGUGUUUGUCACUGAAGGGAGUACCAAAGAAGUACAUCAACCUUAUAAAGGCUCUCUAUUCGAACACGACUGGUCGAGUGAGAGCUUAUGGUGAACUGUCAUCAGAAUUGAUUACCUCAAGUGGUGUUCGUCAGGGCUGUCCACUCUCUGCAUUCUUGUUUAACUUUGUCGUUGACGUCCUUUUAGAGAUGACACUUUCCUCAUCUAAAUUUCCAGUUGAACUUCUACCGGGAGAUCCACUUGUUGACUUAAAAUAUGCCGAUAACAUAGUUCUAUUUGGUGAAGACGCUGACAAAAUGCAGAGUCUGCUGACCACUCUAAGCAACAAUGCAGGCAUGUUCGGGAUGCGAUUUUCUCCCUCGAAAUACAAAAUGUUGCUUAAGGAUUGGGUUGUAUCGACACUCAAACUAGUGAUAGGGAGCGAAGUACUUGAGCGUGUCGACUGCUUCACUUAUCUUGGGAGUCUCACCAACCCAUGUGGUCUGGUAUGUGACGAAAUCUCAGCACGGAUACAGAAGGCUCGACUAGCUUUUGCCAACUUGCGUCAUUUGUGGCGUAGGCGAGAUAUCCGUCUAUCAACCAAAGGACGUGUUUACUGUUCAGCAGACGAUAACAACCGAUGGUUAGAGACCUUGAAUGACAUGGCUCAAAAUCGUUUGCAAUGGCGCAGGUGCAUCCACUCUCUGUGUUCUCUCAAACUCUAAUCUUCUGAAUUCUUCAUGUCCUUUAUUUUCUUUCCAAAUCUAUUCCACUGGACCAUACUCCUUAAAUAACAUCAUCAAACCUUAAUGUUCCCUAUCACUACUUAUACUUUCACUACCUCUACCACUAUGGGAUUUGAAUCGAUAACUGAAUGUCUGUGCUAAUGUGGUAUGGCAACUCGAACUGAUGUACGUACGUACGAAGUUCCACGUUGUUACUGACUGACUGCUCUAACAAUGGAUCUUAUCUAUCAGGGAUAAGCUUUUGUUUUAAUAAGUGGUACUUUCUAACCUAAUGGUUAGUAGCACCAUGUGAACGAUAAUAGAUCAAGUCAAUAGUAACCAUCGUUUUUAGGAUCCCUAGAGGAAUUUAUUAUCUCAGGAGCAUGCUCUUAGACAAUGUUUUAGUCCAAAUGUACCCUAAUAAAAAAAUUUAGUACCGUAUUAAAAAUGUGUCUAAAGAUUGACCAGACAUUCCAGUGGCGGAUGAUAGAGCAAUCAGCGUAAUAAAUGAUGGCCGCAGAAUUAAAUACGAUAAGGUAGUGGUAAUAAGCAAAACAUUGGACGGUUGUUUACACCUAACAAAGAAGCUAAGUAAGAAGCUGAUAAUACAAAUCAUCGUUGAAUGUAAUCAGUCAAGAUUCCAUGCUCAUAGCAAACGGCUGAAACGAUUGAUCGAAUACUGACCAGUCUUAAUUCUCUCAUCAUUUAGGCAUAACGACGUUGGGAUACAAGAAUCCCUCUCUGCUCAUAUUAAGGUUGAAAAAAUGGCGGUUUGUAUUCGGUACUUCCGUUCUUUUUACUGUGACAUUCACUUAUAUCUAGUGGUCGUUCUUCUAGUUAUUUGUAUUGUGUGUUUGAACUUGAGGGCUGUGUUGAGAUUUUUUGGCGUUGGUUUAUGAGAGUCAAUAAAAACUUCCAUUUGAGUUAGUUUCACAAUGUACUAAACCACUUUACUAUCCCAUUGUUAAGGUACGUAUCUGUAGUGUUUUUAUAUUCCUUAAGUAAUCCUGGUAAUUAGAUUCCUAAGUGAAAUGAACAGUGCUUAACUGCAUAUAUCUUACAUAUCGUUUUUCAAUAACUUUCUCUAGACAAACCUUUUACUACUGAAGAAUAGUAUAUAAUUUUGUCUUUACUGUGUGCUACACCAAACACUUUUAGUUUUAAUAAUUAAUCUGGAAAGUGAAGAAACAAAUUCGGGUAGUGAAAAGUAUUAAAUUACAUAAAAGCCUAAAUUUUAGCGUUAAAAUACAAUUCAAUACGUCUGCCUGAUGCCAGCUAUAACUAACAGCAGACUGUUGCUAACCUGGUUUGCUCUCUCCUAACUACAAUUUUCAUAUUUUAUUGAAAUGGAUUGUAGACAGACGUUUGGAGAUAGUGUUGGACUAAUUACAGGUGAUAUCAAACUGGCUCCCGAAUCUACAAUUCUAAUAAUGACCACGGAAAUUCUGCAUAACAUGUUGUGUAACGACGCUGAUGUUAUCAGAGAUCUGGAAAUAGUCAUUAUGGACGAAGUUCAUUAUGUCAAUGAUGUGGAAAGAGGUCAUAUAUGGGAACAAAUUAUGAUAAUGCUGCCUAAACAUGUGUUAUUAGUUAUGUUAAGUGCAACAGUUCCUAAUAAACUUGAUUUUGCUGAUUGGUUAGGACGUGUACGUGGAACUGAAGUUCAUGUAGUUGCAACUAAUAAACGUCCAGUUCCAUUGGAACAUUUUAUUUUUACCGGUAUGGAUGGUCAACGUAGUAAAGAUCAUCUUCAUCUAAUUGUAGAUCAAGCUGGUCAAUUCAAUUUACCAGGUUAUAAACAGGCGAAUCGUAUGCUUAGCGGCGAAAAAGAUGUUGAUAAAAAGAAACCUACUCAAAAUUCGGCAAAUCCACCGAAUGCUAAAAACGUACCACGAAAGAAUACUGGUGGUAAAGUGAAUACUCCAGGUCAUUUCCGUGCAUUACCACCAACUAACGGAAUAAGUGUACAUGAUCAUCGUACCAAAAAUUUAUGGCUUGGAGUAAUUCACCUUCUUCAAGAGCGUGAUCUUAUGCCAACUAUAGCAUUUGCCUUUUCUCGAUCAUCAUUGGAAACUCUCGCUGGUCAUUUAUCUUCAGUGGACUUGUUAAAUUCAAGUGAAAAGCAACAAGUUAAAAAAUUUCUGCAUUGUUCUGUCACUAAACGAUUAAAAAGAUGUGAUCGUCAACUUGCUUCAGUUCAGUUUAUUAGUAAAUUAGCUGUUAGAGGAUUAGCUGUUCAUCAUGCUGGAAUGUUGCCUAUUUUGAAAGAGACAGUGGAGAUGUUAUUUCGACGUGGUUUAAUCAGAAUUUUAUUUGCUACUGAAACAUUUGCGAUGGGUGUAAAUAUGCCGGCUCGUUGUGUCAUCUUUACUACAUUAGAGAAAUUUGAUGGUCAAAAACGUCGUCCUUUAAAUUCAAGUGAGUAUACACAAAUGGCUGGACGUGCAGGUCGUCGUGGUUUAGAUGCUUCCGGUUCUGUAAUUAUUCUACUUGGUGGAAUUGGUAAAUCACUUACACCAAGUAGUUCGGGUUUACCAUCUGAGCAUACACUGAGUGAUAUUAUUCUUGGAAGACAAACUCAAUUAGUUUCGAAAUUUAAAAUCACCUACUCUAUGAUAUUACAUUUACAUCGAACUAAUUGGUUAACUCCACAGGAUGUAAUGCGACGAAGUUUCAUGGAAGCAGCCAAUCUUAGACGUGAACUUGACCGUAAGCAAUGGUUGUCAGCUUUACGCAAAAAACUGGAUGAAACAACUACUCGUAUACUACCUGCUGGAUUGUCAUCAAAUAUACCUCAUCAAGUUGCUCGUAGUUCAAAUAGUAAAGUUACAAUAUCUAUGAAUAAUAAUUCUCGUUUAUCUGUACCAAUUGGUGAACCUAUUUUACAAGUGAAAUGCCCUUUUGGUCAAAUAAGCUGUUGUGAUGCAAUGACUACUUAUUAUCAGGCCUGUUGCAAUUAUCAAAAGCUUACAUCAUCUAUUGUCCGUUUACUUUCUGAAGAAAACCUAACUGAUCUACAACGAGUAUUCUGUCCAGGUCGUAUAGUAUUUAUUAAUCUACCACAAACUGAUAAUUCAUCAUUGUAUAAUAAAGUAACUACAAAACAACCCAAUUGGUUAGUACCAGGUGUUUUGGUUAAUUUAACAAAGAAAAAAAUCAAGAAUGAGAGUGAAAUACAAUGCGAUAUUAUCACUUGGGAAUUGUCUAAUUUACCAAAUUAUUCUAGAUCAUUUAAAAACUGUAAUCAAUCCGUAAAUCAGACUGAUUCAGUGAAUAAUGUAAAUGGUGGAAAACAAGAGAAUAUUAACAAUAACACUACUCAAUUCAAUGAAUUUGAUGAAGAGGAUAUUUUGAAAGAAGGUGAAGAUGCUCAACUGUCUAAUACGCCAUACCCUCCACAAUUAAUGCCUGUUUAUACACCCAAGUCAAUAGAAGAUGGUUAUGCUCGUUUAACGCUAUUAUCUAAUUUAUCUAUUCGAUCAUUUGUACGAAUUACUGAUCAUGUUUUUACUGUACAGCAAUAUUGUAAUAAUACUGUAAAUAAUGCAAAUAUAACGCCAUCAGAAUUAUUACUUCGUGGUAUUAAACGUCAUCGUCAGCAAAUAGCAGCUAAACAAGCUGGUAUGCAUUUAGUGAUUGGUUCAAACUCAACUGCAAGUGAUUGUGAUCCCCUAGUUCUUAUGGAUGAAUUAAAUGCGAAUUUACUUAAUCUUGUAAUUUCAUUGAUGCCGGAACCAUCAUCAUCAUCAUCAUCAAUGCCGGGAUCUUCUAUGUCACCGAUGUUUGGUCUACCAGUUAACUGCCCUACUAAAGUUGAUUUAAGAACAUCAUUGAAAUUCAAAGGAAUUUCAGAGGAGGAUGCUUGUAUGUUUGAUGAACACGCUUUACUUAGUGAUGAGCUAACAACACCACUUCUAACAUCGGUUAUUACUCAACGUUUGGCUCCAAUUACUUGUCCUGAUCUUGUAGCACAUUUGGAACUGAUUCAUCGUACCUGCCGUCGAAGAUGGGCUGUAAAACGAAUUGAAGAUAGUUUAUCUAAUUCUCAGUUACAAUUAAAUACGGAGUAUGUGGGUCGUUUGUGUGUUCUUAAAGAAUUGGGUUUUAUCGAUUCAGCAACACAUACUGGUUGUUUGAGUUUAAAAGGUCGAAUUGCUUGUGAAUUAACAAAAAUGGAAGUGUUAAUUACCCAACUAUUACUUAAUGGUUCAUUCACUGAUUUAUCAGCUCCUGAUUUAGCAGCUGUUUUAUCGUGUUUUGUAUUUGAAACACGUUCCACUACGGAUACAGAACAAUUACAACAACACGAUGGACAAUAUUUACACAAUCUACUUGAAUCUCUAAUGAAUUUUACUAAUGAUGAUUGUAAUCAAAAUCAUAUGUCUAAUACUUGUUCAGAUGUUACUUCUUAUCCUUCAAAUCUUAUACCUGUAUUACAAAAGAUUGUACUAUCUGCUAUAGAGCUAGAGCAAUUACAGACUAAAUAUGGUCUUACUGAUCCAUCUAUAGACACAAGGAUAACUCUACAAGUUGUAAAUGCUGUUUUUUCUUGGGCUCAUGGUUAUUCAUUCUCAUCAUUGGUUAGUAUGACUAGUGUUCCUGAAGGUCACUUGGUUCGUGGUUUAUUACAACUCGAUGAACUAUUACAUCAUAUAUGCAAUGCUUGUCAUCAUCUUGGUGAUAAAAAUUUAAGUUUACGAAUGAAGGAGGCAAGAAGUUUAAUAUUGCGAGAUCUUGUAUGUGCUCCAAGUUUGUAUACUGCAGAUGAUCUUGUGUGAAUUAUUUUAUUUCUACAACAGUCUUGUUUUGUUAAUGAUAUAUACGCAUAUGCAUACCUUUAUACUUUUUUAUAUUACUACGUAUAUUUACACUUGUAAUUUAUUUCAGCUGGAAUACUUUUCAUCGAACAGAUUUAUACUUUUAAUAUCAAUGCAUUUCAAGGUUAUUUACGCAGCUAGUACUUUGAAUGUUGUUCUGUUCCCCUUCUUAUUGUGUUACUACUGCUGAGUAUUUUUCUGUUUCUACCUGGUUUAAUUAACUGUAUACAGUCUUUUUCCCGCUCGUUUGUAUACAACUGUAUGUCUAUUUACAUAUUUUUUGUUAUUUAGCUAUUUUUACUGACUUUCUCAAGAGGUUACUCUAUUGUUGUAAUUUGAUAUAAUGUUCGUAUUGUUUCUUUUUGAGCAUAGUCUAUUUGCUUUCCUUUAGUUUAAUCGUUAUAUUCUAUUUAAAAGACCAACAUUUUAACUUUCUCAAUUUACGAAUGCUAUAAUGGCAGCUAUUGAGUAAACAUUUUUUACUGAACUGAUUCAUUUUCUAUGAUUUGGUUUUCGGUGUUAAGCAUAAAUUGAGAUUAGUUGUGUGCGGAGUUAUUCCACAUUGAAUAUCAAUAAAUCUAUACCAACAUAUGGUUUAUGUGCCGAGAAUUGAAUUGGGUACAAAAAUUGUUAGCUUAACAAUGAUUUGAAGUGUGUCAUCUCAAACAUAAGUGGUUGCAUGGGCAGAAGUCACAUCACACUGACUCCAGAAUAAUUCAUAACACCGGGAAAUAUGUGGACGUCUUAUCAUUUACAUUGACUACGUUGCAAGCACAAAAGGUCAGGUUUGGAGACCUCGAGUUUACCGUAUUGUGACAUGUAUAUCCACUGAUUUUUGUAACGACAAUACAAAAACUACAUUUUUUUCCUAUUUGUCACACUAUGUGACCACAUUUAUAUUCAAUAUCUAUUGACUGUUAUUAUAUAUACAUUUUUAUUGUAUAACUAUUCAUUAACCAUAUAAUAUGUACAUUCAUAUUUUUUAUUACAAGCUUCCAAUUG